AAAGCGGUCCUAGAAAUCAGGCUCUAACAUGGGAUUUUGAAGCUAGAUCACCUGCCAACCAGCUGCCAAUAAGAACCUCAUCCCUGGUCAGUAUUCAGAGCACCUGUCACGCUGCACGAUGUGAUUACUAAUUUGAAUCCACUCAUGCUAAGCUGUGUCCCAACCUAGUUAACGGUAUUUAAAAUAAAUAAACCACAGGACUUGAUGCAUGUACUUUAUUGCACUGAGUUUUUCUUGCUAUACCUUGGACAAGACUGCCACCUCCUGGAAGAGCUGAUGAAUAUUGGGGACUGAGGUGCAAUUAGGGAAUCGGUACUAUGAAAUUGCUUGCGUCUCAGCAGCAACUCCCUAUCUCUCCGCGAAGUUAAACCAAUUCCUAACCUUUCUCAACCUCUGUGAGCAGCUUUUUGCAUGGAACCAAGACUUCAAAGAACUUGCGCAUCACAAUCUUUUUACGUGAAAAUGUAAAUACAAGUUAGCAUUUGUGAAGCGUUAUGUGCCAAAUGCUUUAAUUUUUAAGGCUCACAACAGCCUUAUGAGGUAGGAACUAUCAUAAGCAGAUCCACACUGCUGAUGGAAAAAUUAAGUUUAAGGGAACGUAAGGCAACGGCUCUGACGCGGAAUCGCCACUUGGAGUCGGGACUCAACUGCUGAGAGCGCAAGCUCCGUAACUACGUAACCGUCUCGGGCAUGCGCAGAAAAACACUGAAGCACCUUCCCUAGGAGCUGUAAGUAGGUGGGUGUGGUGGGAGCCUCUGCAAUCCCAGCAUUCCCUUCGUGCCGCCACCAAGAUGGCGGCGCCCAUCUUGCGGUCCUUUUCCUGGGGCCGUUGGUCUGGUACCCUGAAUCUCUCAGUAUUGUUGCCCUUGGGGCUGCGUAAGGCCCACUCGGGCGCUCAGGGGUUACUGGCAGCGCAGAAGGCUCGAGGUCUGUUUAAGGACUUCUUCCCGGAGACGGGGACGAAAAUAGAGCUUCCAGAGCUCUUCGACCGUGGCACGGCGAGUUUUCCCCAAACCAUUUACUGUGGCUUCGACCCCACGGCAGACUCGCUUCAUGUGGGUCAUCUACUUGCGCUGCUGGGCCUGUUUCAUUUGCAGCGAGCGGGCCACAACGUGAUCGCGCUGGUGGGAGGCGCCACGGCGCGCCUGGGAGACCCGAGCGGCCGUACCAAGGAACGCGAGGCGCUGGAGACAGAGCGCGUGCGAGCCAACGCGCGAGCUCUGCGCCUAGGGCUUGAGGCCCUGGCGGCUAAUCACCAGCAGCUUUUUACUGAUGGGCGCUCCUGGGGCAGCUUCACUGUGCUGGACAACUCGGCCUGGUACCAGAAGCAGCGCCUGGUGGACUUCCUGGCGGCAGUGGGGGGUCACUUCCGCAUGGGGACGCUGCUGAGCCGGCAGAGCGUGCAGCUGCGGCUCAAGAGCCCCGAGGGCAUGAGCUUGGCCGAGUUCUUUUACCAGGUGCUCCAGGCCUAUGAUUUCUAUUACCUCUUCCAGCGUUAUGGAUGCAGGGUCCAGCUGGGCGGAUCUGAUCAACUAGGCAACAUCAUGUCCGGAUAUGAGUUCAUCAACAAGUUGACUGGAGAAGAUGUAUUUGGAAUCACCGUUCCUCUAAUUACAAGUACAACUGGAGCAAAGCUGGGAAAGUCUGCUGGCAACGCUGUUUGGCUAAACAGAGAUAAGACAUCUCCAUUUGAAUUGUAUCAAUUCUUCGUCAGGCAACCGGACGAUUCAGUGGAAAGGUACCUGAAGCUGUUCACUUUCCUGCCCCUUCCAGAGAUUGAUCAUAUCAUGCAGCUGCAUGUCAAAGAGCCAGAAAGGCGGGGUCCUCAGAAACGACUGGCAGCAGAAGUAACAAAGCUUGUUCAUGGACGAGAAGGACUGGAUUCUGCUAAAAGGUGUACACAAGCCCUUUAUCACAGUAGCAUAGAUGCACUGGAGGUCAUGUCUGAUCAGGAGUUAAAAGAGUUGUUUAAAGAAGCUCCAUUUUCUGAAUUUUUUCUCGAUCCUGGAACAAGUGUCCUAGAUACCUGCCGCAAAGCAAAUGCCAUUCCAGAUGGUCCCCGAGGGUAUCGAAUGAUAACAGAAGGCGGAGUCAGCAUAAAUCACCAACAAGUAACAAAUCCUGAGAGUGUUUUAAUUGUUGGACAACAUAUUCUCAAGAAUGGACUUUCCUUACUUAAAAUAGGAAAAAGAAAUUUCUACAUUAUAAAAUGGCUUCAGUUGUGAUGAAAAGUCCUUCUGGUUGUCCAAAUAAACUUACCCAUCAUUCAUUCUCAAGACCUCUGAAGGGUUGGCUCCAGAACUUAGACGUUUGCUUAUGCAAAUCAGAAAAACAGAAUGGACUAGGACUCAGUGUGAGUAACUUCAUUAUUUUUAUGGGCCGGUUAAUAAAUAUUUGUUUAAUGA